AUGAUGCCCGACAAUGCAUCCAUAGUCUCCUCGAACCCCGCCCGCUCCGUCUUCCCCAAGGGCCCCAGCUUCACACUCGAGGAUUUCUCCAGCCGGGACUUUAUCGUCAAGGAAUUCAUCGAGGCUCUCUCCGACAGCGCCAUCUCCCAUCGUCGCUCCGCUGCAGGAACCGGCGGCGCCCCAAACCAGCCCUUCGAUCCGAAACCCCUCAUUCGCACCUUCGAAUAUGCCCAGCGUCACCUAGGAGAGCUCUCCGGGGACCUAGAGAUUCGUGAAAAUGAGCUGUCAGCUGCGGUUCGACGCGCCGAAGCUCAGCAUUCCCAGAAUUUGACCACCCUCGGGCGGAAACUUCGACAGACCAUUGAGUCAUUCCAGCAGCUAGACACGUCGCUUAAUGGCGCGGGAUUAGAGAAUGCCGGAGGCACGGGGAAUAUGGCGGUAGAAACGGGUCGGCGACUGGAGGAGCUAGACCGGCAGCGCCGCCGAGCUUUGGAUGCCCACUUCUUGCUGGAGUGCUGGGAUGGCGUGUGCAAUCGCGGCGAGAUCUCGCUGUUGGAGAACCUACGACGGUCAGGCACGGCGGAGGCCAAGGUUCGCUCUGCGCAUAUUGCGCGCCAGCUGUUGCGCAUCAGUCAACGGCUUGACCCGCAGAGCUGGCAGCAGUCAUCGAAGCCAAGCAAUGGAAACUACGGGGGGAAUUCGUCGUCGUCGGAAGAUUUGAGUACUGGAAACAACACGCCGCGCCGGAAUACACGGGAGAUUAUUGAAAAGUUCUCGGAGACGUUAGAGAAGGAUCUGCUGAAACAGUUUGAUGACUUCUACCGCAAGGCUAAUUUUGAGGGCAUGAAGGAUUGUGCCACGGUGCUGCAGGAUUUCAAUGGCGGUUCUAGUGUGAUUGCGCUGUUUGUGAAUCAGCACCAGUUCUUCAUUGACCGAAGUCAAUUGGUUACGGAGGAAGUGGGUGGUGAUGCCGAGUCAUGGGAGAAGAUGGCCGAUCCCGAUGCGGAGCUGCCCGGUGUUGAGCCAAGCCUACAGUCCUUGCUGGAUGAGGUCAAGGUCGUGGUACAAGAAGAAUCUGCGAUCAUCAAACGAGCAUUCCCUUACUGCGAACAAGUGCUGGGCAAGUUUCUGCAGCGAGUCUUCCAACAGUCUAUCCAGCAGCGCCUGGAGAUGGUCUUGGACAAGGCCAGUGGAGUCUCGUCAUUAGCAUUCCUUCGAUGCCUACAGAGCUCUCGGGGGUACAUCAGCGCACUGAUUGACGACUUGAAGGCCCACGGCCUCACGGAGCAUCCGGAUCCCAUUUCUUCUCAGACAGCAAUGCUGCUGGACCAACAACUAGAGGAGCUCUUCGUACCAUACUUUGUCGGGUCUUCGUACAUUGAACGAGAGAAGCGUACUCUGGAAGAGCUCUUCCACGCGGUACUAUUCAAGUUCACGUCUUAUCAUGCGCGCCGGAAGAAGGCUGCUACCACAUUCAUGGCCUCCUUGGCUCGGCCCGGGACCACGGAGCUGCUGUCCACCACUCGUGAUGCGUUCAUCAGCCGGCUCGACUCGCCGGAGAUGUCCCCCACUCAGCGCCGUACGCUACUACAAGUGGCCAAUAUUGGCGAUGUCCCCGAGUCUCAGCGACUGACGGAGAUCAGAAUCACUGAGGAAGAUGGACAGCCCAACCUCGGCGAUGCCAAGCGCAUGCUCAAGUGGCUAGCAGAGGCUGUAGGUCGGGGGCUCGAGCUCAGUGUCAACACCGAUACGCAUAAGGAUGUGUCGGCACUAUUGACUCUGUUGCUGGCCACCAUGGGUGAUGGCUACGUCGAUGUUUGCCUCGACGCUGCUCUGGAGGCGGCUACCGCACAAGAAUCCGGGAAGACUGAACCCGACUUUGGCUAUCUCAUGUCUGUGCGGACGACGAUCAGUAUCACUACUUUGAUGGUGAUGUGUGUCAAUGCGGUAUUAUUGCCCCUGGCAGCGGCUAGUAUCACGACUCGCCGCGAUAUGGAAAAACGAACUACGCAGACUACCUCACGUAUUGAGGAAAAGAUCAACACGAUUGAGCAGAAGACGAUCGAUGCCACUCUGGCAUGGGUCGGUCGCCUGUUAUCAGGUCAGAAAAAGAAUGAUUUCCGACCUCGGGAGAGCGAUAACGCAGCAUGGUUGGAGAUGUUGCAGACACCGACCUGCGCCUCUAUCUGCACGUUCCUCACCCGUCUGCACAACAUUGCCCGCACCUCUCUUCCCUCGAGCGGAUCCAACGCCCGUCAAGUCCUAACGGAGAUUGCCCUUGGCACACGCGAUCACCUCCUGGAGCACUUCAAACGGUUUGCCGUCAGCGGGCCCGGCGGGCUAAUGGUGACCAAGGAUAUGACACAGUACGCCGACCUACUCAAGUCGUGGGACAUUGAUGACGAAACCAAGCGCCCUGGUGGCGCGCUGGACGUACUGCUCGAGGUGGGCAGUUUGUUCGUUAUUGGCGUCGAGGCCCUCCGGGAACGUAUCCGGGGUGGUGCGGCGACCGGAGCCACGGGGAGCUCGGCUGGGCCUGGCCGAAGUGCUGGUGGACAGAUUGAGGCUAAGUUGAGUGUGCAAGAGGUGCGGGCGUACGUCUCGCGUCGGGAGGACUCGAAUACGUUGGCUAUGCAGCAGGUUCUGAAUGCCUUGUAG